AUUCUUCCUACUUAUAAUUUUCUUAAGGUUUUUGGUUGUGCAUGUUUUGUUCUUCUUCCACCUCAUGAACAUAACAAGUUAGAACCUAGAGCUCGAUUAUGCUGUUUUUUGGGUUAUGGGAUUACACAAAAAGGAUAUCGUUGUUGGGAUCCUGUGUCACAAAAACUCUGAGUUUCACGUCAUGUUGUCUUUUGGGAACACACUAUGCUCUCAUCAUUGUCAAACUUCAAAGUGUCAUCCUCUCAUCAACCUCCAUUUUUCACUAAUCCUUCUAUUGAGCUAUUUCCUAGUGAUUCUAAUGCAAGUACAUCUGAUGAGCUCUACAAUGCCUCACCACAUGCUCCAACUAGUUCUGUAGAAGAUGAUUUGCCUGUUGGUAAUGUAUUAGAUAAUUUUGAGCCUUCUUCUACUUUUUCGUCUGUAUCACUUGUUGAUUCUACAAAUGAACUUGUUGUCCCAUCCUCGAGUCAUCCUACUUGGGUAAGAAACCCUCCCAACUACCAAUGUUUUCAAACCCGAACCCGAGGUCAAACCGUUUUGACCUUCAGUUCGUGGUUUGAACGGUUCAACCGGUUUAACCGGUAAAACCGUCGGGUUAAUCAAAUACUAUAAAUAUAUGAUUUUGCA